AUGACGACAGAGAAUAGUAAAGUCACUGCUUCCAAGCAAACUGCUGCCGCUACUGAGGACGGCACAGGUGUCAUUGCGCUCGAUCCAUGGCUGUCUCCUUACAAGACUGCCUUGCAGGAAAGAUACGCCGGAUUUCAAAAGUGGAAAAAGACGAUCAACGAGGCAGGAGGGUACGACAAGUUCACUCGCGGAUACGAGAGCUUCGGAUUCCAUGUCUCUGACAAGGGUAUCGCCUACCGGGAGUGGGCCCCGAACGCCACCGGCGCCUAUCUCUUUGGCGAGUUUAAUAACUGGGACAAGUUCAGCCAUCCCAUGCAGAGGGACAACUUCGGAGUCUACUCGAUCUUCUUGCCCAACAAACCUGACGGAUCUCCUCCUAUCGAGCACAACACCAAAAUCAAGGCAAGCCAUCAUCCCUCACCAUUUGCCUUUGGUAUUGCGACAGCUGAGCCCCGCGUUGGUCAGUUCACAGAGUUCACGGCCAAUGUGUUGCCCCGUAUCAAGAAGCUGGGUUACAACACUAUCCAGUUGAUGGCUAUCAUGGAGCACGCCUACUACGCCUCCUUUGGUUACCAGAUCACAAGUUUCUUUGCUGCCAGCAGCAGAUAUGGCACACCCGAGGAGUUAAAGGAGCUCAUCGAUACCGCCCACGGUCUUGGUAUCACAGUUCUCUUGGAUGUUGUCCACUCACACGCCUGCAAGAACGUUCUCGAUGGUCUUAACCAGUUUGACGGAAGCGAUCACCAAUACUUCCACGAGGGCGCCAAGGGUCGCCAUGAGCUGUGGGACUCUCGCCUGUUCAACUACGGCAGCUACGAGGUGAUGCGGUUCCUGUUGAGCAACCUUCGAUUCUACAUGGAGGAGUACGGAUUUGAUGGUUUCCGAUUCGACGGAGUGACGAGCAUGAUGUACACUCACCAUGGUAUCGGAUUUGGCUUCUCGGGCAACUACCACGAGUACUUUGGAGAAGGUGUCGAUUCUGAGGCCGUCGCAUACCUGAUGGUUGCCAACGACAUGCUUCACGAUCUGUACCCUGACUGCAUAACCAUCGCUGAAGAUGUCUCUGGAAUGCCUACUCUGUGCCGUCCUGUUUCGGAGGGUGGUAUCGGAUUCGACUAUCGCCUUUCGAUGGCCAUCCCGGACAUGUGGAUCAAACUUCUCAAGGAGAAGACGGAUAGCGAAUGGGACAUUGGCCACAUUGUCUUCACCCUCACCAACCGCAGACACAUGGAACCUUCGAUUGCGUACUGUGAGUCGCACGACCAGGCUUUGGUUGGUGACAAGACGAUUGCUUUCUGGUUGAUGGACAAGGAGAUGUACACUCAUAUGAGUGUCUUGACCGAGCUCACGCCCAUCAUUGAUCGUGGACUGGCCUUGCAUAAAAUGAUCCGACUUGUGACACACACACUGGGAGGCGAGGGAUACUUGACAUUCAUCGGAAACGAGUUUGGUCACCCCGAAUGGCUGGACUUCCCCCGCGCAGGAAACAACUCAUCCUUCCACUACGCACGCCGUCAAUGGAAUGUGGUCGACGACGAGCUGCUCCGGUACAAAUUCUUGAAUGAUUUCGACGGCGCCAUGAACCAUGCCGAAUCCAAGGUUGGUUGGUUGGCUGCACCCCAGGCAUUCGUCUCGUUGAAGCACGAGGGUGACAAGGUCUUGGCCUUUGAUCGUGCGGGCGCAGUAUUCAUUUUCAACUUUAACGGCACACAAUCGUUCACGGAUUACCGCAUUGCUGUCCCCACCCCGGGCCAGUACAAGAUCUUGCUCAACUCGGAUGAGGAGCACUUUGGAGGACAUGGUCGUGUUAGCGCUGAAAGCAGGUACUUCUCGACACCCGAACCUUGGGGUGGUCAUCAACAGUAUAUUCAGGUCUAUAUCCCUUCCCGCACCGCCUUGAUCCUCGUCAAAGCCGAAUAG